CGAUGUUUGAUCAGCUCUUUUGUUCUGGCUCACACGUGUGUGGCGUAGUAGAUUACCUAUCAUCUAAUUGUACGACUUUAAUCGGAGUCCAUUUAUUGCUUAAAAUAGUUAAGAUAAAUAAUGAUAACAUUGACUUUAUUAAUUAUUUGUGUUUAGAUAAAUAAUGAUAACGUUAAUAAUUAUUUCAGGGUUUGGGUUAUAAAAAGUAAAAUAAUUUUUAAGAAAUUAUUCUUGAAAGAUGAAGAAAACUAUUCUCGCAAUUGGCUCUACAGGCCUUGGCAAGACAACAAUGGCCCGCUUGCUCUGUGAAGUAGACGUUGAGGAUUCAAGUGGUACUAAAUCUGCAACUAAGGAAGCAAUAAUAUAUGAAACGAAUGAAUUUUUAUUUAUUGAUACUUGUGGAUUUGAUGACUCAUCGGACACGACAGAUGAAGAAGUAUUUCAUGAUAUAAUGCGUUUAUUUCAGAGAUAUGGAAAAAAUAAUAUUUUUAAUAUCGAUGUAAUAUUAUGGUUUUGUUGUGAGAGUGUAAGAGAAAUGGCCCACUUACGACGUGAGGCUAGAUUUAUUCAACGACUUAUCGAAUAUACAGACGAAUGUAGACCAAUAGAUUUAUGGAAAAAUGUCUUAAUUAUAACAAAGGGAACUUUCCCAUCGCAUGAGUUAAUUGAUGGUCCAACAUCUGCUGCGAAGAAUGCUUGUCAGGCUUUUUCUAGUAUGCAAAUUAAUGAAGAAUCAUUCAUCGUUAAACACUUUCCAUGUUGGAUCUGUGAUAUCAAACGUCCUUCCAAAGACGGUCCACUUCCGGAUAAUUAUUAUCGUCAGGAUGAAAUAAAAUCAAAAAUUCAACAUUUAAUUUCAAAUUUUAGUCCAAUAUUAGUCCACUUUAGAAAUAGUGAAUGUCAAAAAUGUAAUGCGACCGGUGAUCCUAGGCUUUUCAUUACAAAAUGUCAUACUACAUUAAUUUUUAACCAUUCUAUAGAAAUCGAAUAUUUUCAUCCUGAACAAAUAGUUCAUUUUCAUUCGGGUAGUAAGUUCCUUGAUCAUGAACCUGACGAAAAUUCAAUCAAAAAAUUUUUUGAAGAAAUACUCGGUAGCAAUCCUACAAAGCUUCCUGCAUCUCAGGUUUCAAGUGAAACAGCGAAAGAAAUUAUUGAGUCGUACGAAUUUAGUAACCAAAUAGAAGCAACAUCAGAGUCUCAACUGUCACGUGUGUCACUAUUAAGUUUGAAGGUAGCGACGGUAGCGUAUAAGGCAAUACGAUUAGUAGUGCCAAUGGUGCCAUUGGCCCUUUCCAGAGCAGCAGCAGGCACUAUAACUUCAGCUGCAAUUCUUUCAGCUGCAAGUACUUCAGUUAUUGCCAUUUGUGUUGGAGGAGUUGUGUUUUAUUAUGAAACAAAAAAUAUUCCAUGUAAAUUAUGUAAAAAAUUGAUUGGAGUAGAAAAAGAAUGUAUUAAAAAAUGUGAUAAUUGUAAAAAAAAAUGGGAGGAACCUGGUUGUGAAACUCAAUAUGAUUGUUGUAAACAAAAAGAGGAAGCGCCUGGAUGUCAAGCACGUGAAAAAUGCAUAAUGUGCUCAGAAGCUGCAAUCAAAUUAAAUUCCCAAGGAUGUACACCAUUCUGCGCGAAAUGCAAAGAAAAGUGGAAGAAGACUCCGGGCUGUGAUCCCUCUUUCAAUCAUUAUGUUGUGAUAAUAAAUUGAAUUUCAUCAUUUUUCCUUUGUCUUUUAUUUUAAAAG